GGGAGCUCUUAUUGUAUCAUACUUUCAGUUUCACGGUGACGGUACAGCGCAGGGUGGACUAUUGCACGUGCAAACUUGGGUUUUUAUCGAAUAACCAGCCAUGGACAACCUUAGCAGUGCCAACACGACGUUCGCCUUGGAUCUCUUUCGUACUCUGGCCGGAACCAGUGCGAGUGGAAACGUCUUCUUCUCCCCCCUGAGCAUCUCCUCAGCUCUGGCCAUGGUCUAUCUGGGGGCCAAAGGAAACACCGCCGAUCAAAUGGCGAAGGUUCUUUGUUUUAAUAAAGCCGCGAACGUUCACCUGGAUUUCCUGACUCUCAGUUCAGACAUCAACAAACCUGCUUCCUCGUAUCUCCUGAAACUGGCCAACCGUAUCUACGGAGAACAGACUUUCAACUUUCUCACGGAGUUCUUAGAAUCCACACAGAAGUUCUACAGUGCAGAUCUGGUGCCCUUGGAUUUCAUUGGUGCUGUGGAAGAGUCACGGAAGCAGAUUAACCAAUGGGUGGAGGAGCAGACUGAAAGUAAAAUCAAAGACCUUCUGAAACCAGGAACGGUUUCUGCCAUGACGAGACUGGCUCUUGUGAACGCCAUCUACUUCAAAGGAAGCUGGAUGCACAAGUUUGACGAAAAGCAGACCCAAGAAAUGCCCUUUAAAAUCAGUCAAAAUGAGAGCAAACCGGUGCAGAUGAUGUUCCAGAUGAAGAAGUUUCCCUACAACUACAUUCCUGAAUACAACCUGCAAGUCCUUGAGCUUCCCUACCAGGGGAUGGAGCUCAGCAUGUUCAUCCUGCUGCCUGAGGAGUCCCCGGAUGGCAGUGCACUCAGAAAGCUCGAGGAAGUGCUCACUCUGGAGAAGAUUGACAGCUGGACGAACAGGAGCACCAUGGAGACCAGUGCGGAGGUCAGAGUUCACCUGCCCAGGUUCAAGCUGGAGGAGGACUACGAGCUGAACGCCCCCCUGGGGCGUCUGGGCAUGCGUGACGUUUUCGACGGGGCUCGGGCAGACCUGACGGGCAUGAACGGGGAGGGCGGGCUCUUCCUGUCCGCCGUGGUGCACAAGGCGUUCGUGGAGGUGAACGAGGAGGGCACGGAGGCGGCCGCGGCCACGGCGGGCAUGGUCAGCUUCUGCAUGCUGCUGGAGGAGAACUUCACCGCCGAUCACCCCUUCCUCUUCUUCAUCCGGCACAACCAGUCCCACAGCAUCCUCUUCCUCGGGAGGUUCGCCUCCCCGUGAGAGGGAACCCGACGUGUGUGUUAUUAUUCGCCCGAGGUUAAGCAAUAGUGUUGCGGUUGAUUCUGUGGCCUUUUCUUUUUUCUUUUUCUUUUUUUUUUGUUCCAGUUCUCUUUUCUGGGUUUGUCUCGGACUACUCUAAUCCAAUCUGACGGGCUCAUUUUGAAUGUCAUCGCCAUAUGGAAUCACAAACGUGAGGUGCAAGGGGUUGUCUAUAUGAUUCCAGUUGGCAGACUUGAAACAAGCUUUUGCAUCAUUCUUCUGUGCCACCUUUCCGUGUUCUUCACGAUGGAAAUCCUCCCAAUAAAACCAUAUAUAAUAAGA